AUGCAUGGGCUGCUUCAGACACAAAAGGCUGGGCGCUCGUCCAGAGCCAACAAGUCACGUCAAGGCGAGGGGCUUGCCGAGGCGCAAGACACCUCAUCCAACGCCGAUAUCCCAACUAAUGAGUCUGGCUUGCAGAGACUGUCCGCUUGGUCGUUCCCUAUCUUUGAGUUUCACGCCGCUUGCACCGAGAGCAACGGAGAUUCUGAGUUACUGUUCCGUUACUACGUUGCUCAUACCUGCCAACAUGAUGUCUCCAGCCAAGCUGGGCAUGCUAAUCCGUUCCUGACGAUGAUCGGCCCUCUUGUUGUAUCACAUAAUGUCGUUAAACAGAGCAUGUAUGCAUUGAGCUCCUGCGAGCUUCGUCAGCGUGAGCCCAUCAAGUUGCAGGAUGAGGCUGCGUUCGGGACUCGCUAUGUGCAAGCGAUACAGGCACUUCAGAACGAAAUCGCCACCAAUGCACUUGCCAAGGAGGCGGACAUUCUUCCGGUCCUGAUAGCAUCGCUUAUGAUGUGUCUGUUUGCGGCUUUGAGAGGUGACACCAGCGGCGCCUUCUUCCAUCGCUUUCGAGCCGCUCAACACCUUCUCGAGCGUCGCCAGGUAUCUUGGCCGUCGUAA